UUUGUAGCUUCAUCAUCAAAAGAACAACUAGUAGAAUAUUAAAUUAUUUAUCCAUUCAUUUAUUUACUUUCUCUUUUAUUUGUUUGUUUUUGCUAUAGAAAUUCAUCAUGCCAUUUCUUAUGACAUAGAAAGGCCAAAAUCUACAUCAGGGGAAGGGGAAAAAAUGAUCUUUUGAUUAGAUAUACUGAAACAGAGAAGGGGAAAAUGAGCUUCAAAAAAAAAAUCUAAAAUAUCUUGAUCAUAGUCCCUUAACUUGUAUAUAACAAGUCUGGGUCUAGGAGAUUUUCACCUAAAAUCUAGUACCUUUUCUGCUAAACGACUUCACUUUCUGACCUCCUUUUUCCCCUUCUUUAACCCCAGUACUGGGAACGAUGGAUUGCACUAACCAAAGCUGGGUCCAGAACUUUAUCCUGGUUGGCUUCACUCCUAUUCAGUUCCUGCAACCUCUUGCCUUCCUGGGUGUCCUGUCCAUUUACCUCCUCACCUUAGCUGGUAACCUGUUCAUCAUCAUCCUAGUCCAGGCUGACUCUGCUCUGGGCACUCCCAUGUAUUUCUUUAUCAGCAUCUUGUCCUUCCUGGAACUCUGGUACAUCAGCACCACAGUGCCCACCCUCCUGUACACUGUGCUACAUGGGCCCUCACCUGUUUCUCCCACUAUCUGCUUCAUCCAGUUGUACAUCUUCCACUCCCUGGGUAUGACUGAGUGCUACCUUCUGGGUGUCAUGGCCCUUGAUCGCUACUUUGCUAUUUGUCGCCCUCUCCACUACCACAAUCUCAUGGGUGGUAGGGUGCGCGUCUGGCUGGCAGCUGCUUCUUGGGUAGCUGGCUUCUCUGCAGCUCUGGUCCCUGCCUGCCUCACUGCCUCCCUGCCCUUUUGCCGGAUGGAGAUUGCUCAUUACUUCUGUGACCUUGCACCACUCAUGCAGCUGGCCUGUGUGGGCACUGCCUGGCACGCACAUGUCCAUGGGGCUGUGAUUGGUGUGGCUACUGGGUGCAACUUUGUCUUGAUCUUACUGCUGUAUGGGGGCAUCCUGAGGGCUGUGCUGAGAUUGCCUACAGCUGCCAGCAGGGCUAAGGCUUUCUCUACCUGUUCCUCUCACAUGACGGUGGUGGCUUUGUUCUAUGGCUCCGCCUUUGCUGUCUAUGUAGGACCUCCUGGGGGUCGGGCAGAGGGCUCAGACAAACUCAUUGCCCUGAUAUAUGCCCUGCUCACCCCCUUCCUCAACCCGAUCAUCUAUACCCUGCGUAACAAGGAAGUGAAGGAAGCUGUGAAGAGGGUCACUUAUAGGCUUUGGGCAGUGCUGAAGGGAUGUUGA